GGUGAAGCCUUCCCGCGAGCGCUGCCAGAAGCUCUUCGAAUCUCAGCCGCCAAUCCGGAGGGGGAGUGGGGGGGAGGAAGAUGGAGCCCGCGUCGCUCGAGUCUGUGGACGGUUUAUCAGCCGCCGGGAGCACAAAAAAGGCCCGGGAGGGGAAAUAAAACAAAAUAAUUGGUAAGCCCCUCCCGCCUCACUUGGACCCCCCUCAGCCGAAAUGCAGGAUAACCACAUUUUUUGCAAGCAUGAGACAUGGAAGAUUUGGACUUGGUGAAAACUGAGCAAGAUACCUCUUCUGUGGAUACCAAUAUCAGACAUGCUCACAAUUCUGUGGGCUGUGACUUGAGUAGUAACAGAAGCGGUCCCUCGCCCAGCCCAAAUGGCGUCUCCUGUUUCUCAGGGAAAGCCAGCCCUGCUGUAAUACCUGGCGAGGUUGGUCUGCUGGCCUCUUUUUUGCCAGACCCUCAAAGAAGUGGUGACUCAGAAACACUGAAGAACUGUGAGACAAAGUGGUUACAUUUCUUCAGGCUGGUGGAAAAGCAAUGCCAAGAACAGAUAAAUGCUCAGCAGAAACAGUUUUAUCAGCAAAUCUAUCACAUACAGAAUGAAAUCAGGCACUUGGUGAAACUGCAAAACCAGAAUGCGUGUUCGUGCACACAGCGAAGCUUUCCAGCCAAGCACGCAGACUCUUCUUUUCCACUAAAAAACCCGAUGGGGUUGCAGUCUGAAACCUCGGAAGAAAAUGAGCUCCUCGUCCAUCACCUUAACCCUAAUGAAGCCGAGAGCCAGCCGGAAGCUUCAGCUUCUCCCACGCAGCAGGAGUGUCUCACGAACAGUCUUUCGACCAGCAGCGGCUAUGGCACCUGUUCCGCUGCAGAACUGAGCCCCGUCAAGCCGAAAGACAUUCGGGCAUGCAUGGAAAGCCCUGGGGAGGUCACCAGCAGACAGGAUAGUGCAGCCUCAAUGCAGAAGGUGUUAGUUACAGCCAGUGUUCAUAAUAAAAAAGAGUUUACACACCCAGCAAUAGAACAUGGUUUACCACAGAAAGAUAAUACCGUUUUUCCUGCUGAAACUGAGCGUAAGAUUAGCGAAGGUCAGUGCGGAAGAGCAGGCUGUAAACCUUUAACAUCAUGGGCUCAAAAGCUCAAACAAACCCAGCAGAAAAGAGCAAACGCAGAAGAAGAAGAAGUGUAUUCUGUGGAUGGGAAAGAGCAAACAAAGACCCUAACUUUUGAGAAUACUAGUCCUUCCGCCGCCGCUCCACCAUCUUCUACUUUUUACCUCAAUCGACAAAAUGGAAGCCAAAAUUCUUUAGUGUCUGACAUUUCAGGACUGACGUACUGGAAACUAGAUGAGAAGGAGAUGUACCUCUCUUUGCCUGAGAACUUGGAGAAUGAAUUUAAUAUAAAUCCAGCAAUGGUGUCCCCAGAGCAGUCCUCUUCUGGUGAUGAAGUGAAGCCGUCCUCCUUAAAAGAAAUCUAUCACAAGAAACAAAGGGAAAGGAAUCGGCUUCCAGACUGGAGCUUUCCGCCUUCUCAGUCCACCCACCCUCCUGAGAUCCUGACGCUAGACCCGACGUUGCACAUGAAGCCAGGCCAACAGAACCCCGGACUCCCCUCCCGCGGCUUUUACAUGACCCCCGAGAAGGUUCCUUUUUCCCCAGACUCUAUGGCGGAUCCCGCUUUCUUCACGCAUUCGGACACAGAUUCGUUUUCGCGCACAAGUACUGUAACGUCGCCUGAGUCUGCCGGUUCUCCAAAAUACGAUUCUAAUAGAGCUGCUUUGCAAGCGGAUCCCUGGAACGGUUGUGCAUUCCAGAACGAAGCCGAGGACACCAGCGGUUCUUAUCCGGCGGCGUUUUCUCACCCCAGCCAUGAGAUAUCAGACGCAGAAGAUGAAGACAAUUUAACUCUAACUCCAUCUUCGGUUGCCCAGUCCCGGAUUCUGUCUGGUGACAAUAGUUUGGCAGGUUAUGGCGUUCCAGUGACACGUCUGGAAGACCCUCUGAUGUUGUCCAAGAUCAAGCAGAAUCUGAGGGAGAAGCACGCCCGCCACAUCGCUGAUCUACGGGCUUAUUAUGACUCAGAAAUUCAAAGCUUGAAGCAGCAGCUGGAGGCAAGCCAUAAACUCCCAUCUGAAGACUUGAAGGAAAUUAAUCAAAGUCUCGCUGACAGAUGUGACCAAUUACAGGUGACCUUGAACGAUGCUAAUCAUCGCAUGCGAGCCCUUGAAAAUAAGAAUAACGCUUUGGAGACGGAAGUGACAGACUGGAGGGAGCGCUUCUCCAUUGUCAGCGGCACAGCCAUGGCCUUGCGGGAGCAGGUUGAAGAGGCGCGCGCCAGCAGCAAAGAAAAAGACAACACUCUCAGCCGUCUGAAGAGGAGGCUCAAGGACCUGGAAGAAGCAUUUGAAAAAGCCUACAAGCUGUCAGAUAACAGAGAGGCCAGGCUCAGGGAAGAAAAUAAAAUGUUUCAAAACCUUUUAGGGGAAUACGAGUCCCUUGGGAAGGAACAUGAAAGAGUGAAGGACACGUUAAAUAUAACCGAGAAUAAACUGCUCGAUGCACAUGCUCAGAUCUCCGAUUUGAAAAGAACAGUCUCGAAACUGGAAGCUCAGAUCAAGCAGCUGGAACACGAGAACCUGCAAAAAAUUCGGCACCUUGCGGAUAGUCACUUGACGGCACCCUCUGCCAACAAACACACAAGCUCUGACGUCAGCAGAAGGAAAUGGCUGAUCCCUGGUGCAGAAUAUUCCAUCUUCACAGGCCAGCCUUUAGAAGCUGGCGAGAGCUCCAAAGAUAACAGGCUAGAAGAUGCUUAUGCCGCUUACAGGAACUAUUCACCUCCAGAAAAGGACUCCUCUCCAGACCCCUUGCUUACAAAUGAAGUGGGGGGGAAAGAAAGGGAAGUGCCGGAAGCACCCAUCUUAAAAGCCAUCAAACAACUUGAAGAGAGGAAGGCGUUGAAGAGUUGGGGCACUCAGACAGAGAAAGAGGGGGCAUCUUCCACCAAAUCAACCAGCCGACGUCUGACCGUCGGAUUUGAUGAAACCGCAAUCAGUGCCGCUCGGUCCUCGGAGAAAGGCAGAGACCAGCACAGGCACAAAAGAUACAGCUCGCCUUGCAGCCAGAGGUCCUCAUCUCUGCCCCCUUCCAAUAGGAAGUCAAACACUCCAAACACGCCAACAAGGAGAGAGAUCAUGCUGGCUCCAGUCGCUGUGACGUACAGCCCGAAACGGUCUCCAAAAGAGAACCUGUCUCCAGGAUUUAGUCAGCUGCUCAGCAAAAACGAGAACACUGUGACCAGGUUCGAUGUCCUCCUGGAUGAGCCAGGAAAGGCUCCGAGACCCGCCUCGCAAUACAGCAGUCCCAGGAAAAAGCUCCAGUUUCUUUCCGUAGGUGACACAGAAGAAAUGCAGUGCCGCAGCCCAGGCAAAGACAGCCAUGCACAGUAUUCUCCUGGUACUGAUUCUUUGCAUGCAGGAGGUGAGAGAGGCACGCUGGGACCGGCGUGGGGAGAAGAGACCACACGCACAAGCGAGCCCAGCCCGCCUUCAGGAACAUCCGUUCACGAGGCAGAUUUCAAAGACAUUUCAAGGAUCAAGACGUUGGCCGAUACAGAAAAGCUCUUUGACGAACUCACAAACGAAAAGCAGCAGAUUGAGGCCCAGUUGAUCCGGAUGCCUUGCACGGGAGGGAGAAUGAGUCUGCAAGCAAGGCUGAAUCAGGAAGCUUUAGAAGAUCGCUUGGAAAGGAUCAAUAGAGAACUGGGAUCCAUCCGCAUGAUCCUAAAGAGAUUCCACGUUUUGCGUACCUCUGCCAAUACCUGAGAUAUAUCUAUUUCAGUUCCAGAUGUCCUUUUGUUUGCACUAAAGCAUAAUAAUUAUGCACCCUGGAAAUGCAACUGGUUUUGUAUUUUUGUAAAAUGCCCCCCCUCCAGCUGUUAUGCAGUCAUGUUCCCCUUUACACACAGCAAUAUUUUGUAUCGAGCCACAUAUAUUUUAAAACCUAUUUUUCUUACAACUGAAGGAAUCAAUCUGUCAAUUCUGUAUUUUGCUACUUUUGGAGAAGUGUUAAUAGUUUUUUUUCUGAAAAUGAGGUACAUGAGCUCUUUCUAAGAAUAGUGAAACACAGCAGCAGCUUGUAUUCAAAGAAUUAUCAUGUUGAAAUCGUUUUUGGCAGUGCCCUUUGCUCAUCUUUUUUAUAGAGUGACAAACCUGUCUUGUAAAGUAAGAUAUGAUGAAGUGUUGCGUUUUCUUAUUUCCACUGAAUGUGACACACAGCUUCUUGUGAUGUGAGCUUGGAUGUGACAUUCACAUAUUGUACACAAACUGCGUCUCAUUUCACAAACACCUGUUUUCCAUUUUGGAAUUUUCAAGAGGAAAGCCUUUUUAAAAUAUUGUAUACGUGCACAGCCAGAAGUUGAAAUGAAUUUAACAUUAUUCUUUUUAAGUGUUUUUAUUUUGCAUGUUUGUUGCAGAAGCAUUUCAUUAAAACUUCCUUGACUAAAGUAAAAA